CCACUGGUAGUUUUAUUUGAGUAAACCUCUGUGUACCUGUUCCCAUAACACUGCUAAGUUGGCAGUUGCACCACAAGGGGGCGGUAAUGCAACGUUAACGGGGCUCGGACCAGCCAAUGACAACACGAAGAAGGAUGACGUCAUCGGUCGUUUGGCCCAAUCAGAGAAGUAGUAAUCCCCGCCCCACUGAGAAACCGCCAUCAUGAAAUCAAAAACAAGGAGCUGACAGAUGAGACGCGGUUCUCCGGUUCAUAACAAGGUCGUAUCGAUACUCCGACAGACUGAGGCAGUGCAGAUAUGAGUGACGUGGCGGAGGAAGCGAUGGACAGCUCUGCGGUGUCAGAGGAGGAAGUGGAGGACCAGCAGGAGACGUCGCAGGGAGACCAGUCGAGUCCGAACAAAAGCCGCACCAGAAUACCUGUUGUGGGUGAAAUCAUUGAGGGCAAACGGGCGAAGAAGACGGUCGAGAGGCUCGAUUUCCAGGCGCCCAAGCAAAUGGAGAAACUCAAGAUUGGAGAUGGCAGCGGAGAUAAACUCGGAGACAUUCCACGCACCAGCUUCCAGAUCAGCAAGAUGAAGCCAGCUGAUCUGAAACCUCUGCACGCCAUCCUGUUCGACAGACCGGGAAAGAUGGCCACGAUAAAGAAGAACCUGCGUCUGUUUAACGGCUUUCCCUUCGACGCCGACAGUGAACAGUACACCAAGAAACGAGAAAAGCUUCUCAAGAAUUCAAAUUUCACCAACUCUAAACUGAAAGUCGUCUGCAGUGUUUUGGAUCUGGAGAAGAAAGGAACCCACUCAGACCUGGUCGACAGGAUCCUAAGUUUCCUCAUCGCACCAAAAAACAGUGGGAAGCGAGUGCCCGUGAAGAAGAAGAGGAAAUCGAAGAAGAAACUGUCGGGUGACGACUCGAAGGUAAAGACCAAGAAAAAGAGCAAAUCCAAACCCAGGAGCUCGUCGUCAAGUCCCAAAAAGUCGAAAACGGGAAGCAAGUCCAAAGCCAUCGUCAUGGACUCGAGCAGUGACGAGGACGAUGACGAGGAAGACGAAAAGGCGGGAGCUUCGGCCGAGGCCGAGGGAUCAGACGCCGAGGAGAAACCGUCAGAGAAAGAGGAGGACCAGUCUGACAAGUCAGACGAGUCUGCAGAUGAAGAGGAGGAGGAGGAGGAGGAAGAUGACGAUGAAGGUGAUGAAGAUGAUGAAGAUGAUGAGUCUCCGAAGUCAAAGUCGGGGAGAGGGAAGUCUGCGUCCAAGAAGUCUGCACCGGUGAAAAGACAACGGACACCAGCGAAGAAGACGGGUCCUCCGAAAAAGAGAGCGAAGAAGGAAGUUUCAGAUGAGUCCGAGUCUGACGUCGACAGUGAAGCUGAAGAGAAGCCCAAAAAGAAGAAAUCGGCACCGGCCAAACCAGCUGCCAAAACAAAGAAGGCCGACAGCAGCAGCAACAGCAAAAACAACACAAACACAGAUGACAGUUCAGACGACGACGAGCCGCUCAUCAAGAUGAUCAAGAAAGCUCCAACCGAGGAGCAGCUGAAGGAGACGGUGCAGAGUCUCCUGAAGGAGGCGAACCUGGAGGAGAUGACCAUGAAACAGAUCUGCCAGAGGGUGUUUGACACGUUCCCAGACCACGACCUGACCGGCAAGAAGGACUUCAUCAAACAGACAGUCAAAUCUCUCAUCACAUGAAGAUCUGAAGAACAAAGUCGACGUCACUGCAAAAGAGGGAAAAACUUCAGCUGAAGUGACUGAAAAGCUCCUUUUUCAUUAGUUUCAUAUCAUGGUUUGUUUUCAUACGAAGCUGUUUUAUACACAAUUGUUUUUUGUUGUUUUUUUAAUGUUAUUAUUAAUGUGUGACUUGUGUAUAGGUUUCCAGAUUAACUCCACAUUCAUUGUCAGAAAACUUUUGUAACGCUCUCUGGUCGAGUCCAAAGCAAAGAACCAAUCAAUUUAAAAAAACAAAUGGACAAAAAAACAUUUCAUCUACUUUAACGUGUAGAUUUUAUCUGUGUGAAGUCGACUUCAUGACAUGUUUUGGCAACAGAAGGAAGGAAAUGAGUGUAAAAAUGCAGGUAAAUAAACUGCAGCCAAACAACAAACAGAUGUUUUGCAGGUCAAAAUAAAAAGCAGUGGUUUGGACGUCAGAUGAAUGAACUUGUUUUUUGUUUAUUUAAAACUCAAGUUUUCUAAAUCUGAUCUUUGCUUUUGACUCACAGGACUCUUUAUUUCUGGAUUAAACGUCUGUACAUAUGUUUCUAAUUAGGUGAAGCUAUUUUUUGAUUAAUCCACAUUUUAACUCGUUUUGUCAGCUCUGAAAACUUCUCUGGAUUUUUUGUUUCGUUCGUUUCUUUUGGUUGUUUUUUGUUCUGUCAGACAUUAAUUUACAGUUUCAAAUAUUCAAAUUAACUGUGCUGAGUAAUUUACUUACUGAUUAAAAUUGUACUGUUUUUGAACAAAACUCUCUUUAUGUCUUUGAAAGUGUUGUUUUCGGUGUGGUCGGGGAAAUCUGGGGAAAACGAUCUCUCAGAGUCCCUCUGGAAAUAUUAAAUAACUUCCCAUGA